GGUUGGAUACGAGGGAAAAUUCUUUAUGGCAAGGGCUGCCUAGGUCAGAGGUGGGGUCACCAUCUCUAGCGGGGUUCCACAGCCGUCUGGAUGUGGAACCAGGGGACAGGGUCAGUGGUGGCAUUGGCAUUGCCGAGGAAGCUGGGCUCGAUGGCCUCUGUCUUUUCCAGCCCGCGUGGUUCCGUGAUUCUGUUCGGUUUGCGGGCGGCUGCACCAGCACCGCCUGUGUUUGUAAACACCCGUAACAAACGGGACGUGGGAGGGUUCUUGGGAGCUGUUGUGUUUUUAUGGCUCGUAAUGAAAUGUAGCGAACCGAUAAGGAGAAUUAUACAUUACACUGUAUGGCAAGCUAAAAACCCGCUAUAGAGGCGGUAAGAUUGGCAGGCACAUGGACGAUCCAGGAGUCCCGGUGAGCCCUGGUGUGUUGGAGAAGGCUGGCUGUAGGGAUGGGCUGGCUGGUGGAGCAUUUAUUAAGUGGAGAGGGAGGCACGACACGCUAUGAAUUUCCGGGCUGUAACGCGGCAGGGAGACGCUGUUUCUCGCCACGUGCCGACAGCUGCCGGGGCUGUGGUGGGUGUCUGAAUCUGGCAGAGUUUUGUACAUUCAUUGAGUACAGGUGUGAUAAAUCCCUCGCGCACUUUCAGGAAAAUGUAUGUCGUUUUACAGUUCUUACUCUUUUCAGUUUUUCUCUUUGUUUUGGGGGGACCAGCCGUGUUCCCUUGCUCCGUGCGGGGAUGCUCUGUGAGAGCACAAUCCAUGCCUGUGUGACUGAGUGUGAGCGCUGAAGUUCACGGAAGCAAUCCGGGAAUAAGGCCAACAUGUCUCGAGAGACUGGAAGUGAAGCACAGCAGUCUCAAAGUGCCCAGCAGUCACAGUGUGGUACCAGUUCCUCUUCCAGUGGUUCACAGAGCACUAGUCAGUCUUCCUUAAGUUCUGGGACUCUCAGUUCUUUGGACACUCUUCCCACUCAGGAGCUUUCAUCGAUCCCUGAGGACCAGGCAUCUGAAGAGCUGGUUCCUCAGCCUUGGGGUCGACUCUUUGCACUUGGAAAAGGUUUCAGCAAUUGUGACUGUGUGAAUGAGGAAUACUGGUUUGGGAGAGACAAAAGCUGUGAUUACAGUUUUUCCAAGCUAGGAUUGUCUGAGACUGGCUUCUACCAAAACUAUAGCAAGAAGCACUUCCGAAUUUUCAGGGAAAUGGGUCCAAAAAAUUCCUUUGUUGCCUACAUUGAAGACCAUAGUGCAAAUGGGACAUUUGUUAAUAGAGAGCUCAUUGGAAAAGGAAGGAGGCUUCCACUGACACACAACUCUGAAAUUGCACUGUCUAUACAGACCAAUAAGGUGUUUGUAUUUUCUGAUCUUACGGUGGAUGAUCAGAUGAUGUUUCCUAAAGAAUUCAGAGAGAAAUACAUCAUGUCAAAGACUUUGGGAAGUGGUGCCUGUGGAGAAGUCAAACUGGCAUUUGAGAAGAGCACCUGUAACAAAGUAGCAGUGAAAAUCAUCAAUAAACGGAAGUUUGUGGCAAGUGGCUUGAGAGAGACAAACCCAGCUUUUAAUAUCAAUACAGAAAUUGAAAUUUUGAAGAAAAUAGAUCACCCUUGCUUAAUCAAGAUCAAAAACUUCUUUGAAGCAGAGGAUUACUACAUUGUUUUGGAACUGAUGGAAGGAGGAGAAUUGUAUGACAGAGUGUCAAGGCCAAUCAAGAUGAAAGAAGAUACCUGCAAGUUGUAUUUUUAUCAGAUGCUUCUGGCAGUAAAGUAUCUUCAUGACAAUGGAAUUAUACACCGAGAUCUAAAGCCAGAAAAUGUGCUACUUUCAUCUUCUGAAGAGACAUGUCUUAUAAAGAUUACAGAUUUUGGACAAUCCAAGAUUCUUGGAGAAGCUUCUCUUAUGAAAACAUUAUGUGGUACUCCCAUGUAUCUUGCUCCUGAGGUUCUAAAUUCACUUGGGACUGCUGGAUACAGCCGAGCUGUGGACUGCUGGAGUUUAGGAGUUAUUCUUUUUGUAUGCUUGUGUGGAUAUCCACCAUUCAAUGAGCAAAAUACUCAACUCUCUCUGAAAGAUCAAAUCACUCGUGGAAAAUACACGUUCAUCGCAAAAGAAUGGAAGCAUGUGUCAGACAUGGCUCUGGAUCUUGUGAAGAAGCUGUUAGUAGUGGAUCCAAGCAAACGUCUUACCACAGAGGAAGCCUUAGAGCAUCCUUGGCUUCAGGAUGAAUAUAUGAAGGCUACAUUUCAACAGCUCCUUGCUCAGACACGUGCCAAUAUGAAUCCACCAGAAACAUCAAAAAUGCCAACCACAAUGAGAAAGCGUCUCCAUGAAAAUGAGGAAGAAUAUGGCUCCUCUAAGCGUGCUGUUCCUUCUACGUCAUUUCAGAAAAUCAGGUGAAAAGCAAGAGGAAACAACUUCGUUAAUGACAACUUUUUUUAUGGAAAGCAGAAUUUUUUACUAAGAAAAAUCUUAAUAAUGAAAUAAUGGUUGAAGAUACAAUUUCCAAAUAAAAAAAUCUUCGUAAG